CGUCCACACAAACAAAUUAGCAACAGUUUUAAUAAGCGCCGUGUAAUCGAGCCGUGUGGUAAAAAGAGGGUUUUUGUAUGGAUUUUUGGAGCCUCGUCUGUCUGAAUAGUUGAGACUCUAGCAUGGAUUUUUCUGACGUCUUCAAGCAAUCCAACCAGCUUGCUAGAAUUUCCCCAGAUGGAAAGUAUCUGGCGACCUGCGUGCAGUACAGACUGGUGGUGAGAGAUGUGAGCACCUUGCAGAUCCUGCAGCUCUACACCUGCUUGGACCAAAUAUCCUGCAUGGAAUGGUCUUCAGAUUCCCUCUUUAUCCUCUGCGCAAUGUACAAGAGAGGGCUGGUACAGGUGUGGUCUCUGGAACAGCCGGACUGGCACUGUAAGAUUGAUGAGGGCUCAAUAGGACUGGUCUCCUCGCGCUGGAGUCCAGACGGACGUCACAUUCUCAACACCACCGAGUUCCACCUGAGAAUCACGGUCUGGUCUCUGUGCAACAAAGCUGUGUCUACAUCAAGUAAUCCCAAAGCAUGUGAUAAGGGGAUCAGCUUCAGCAGAGACGGGCAGUACUUGGCUCUGGCCGAACGCCGUCAGUGCAAAGACUGCGUUAGUAUAUUCGUGUGUAACAACUGGCAUUUGCUUCGGUAACACUUUGAGACAGAGACGGAGGACCUGGCAGGCCUGGAGUGGUCCCCCAGCGGCUGGUGUGUUGGCAGUGUGGGACAGCUGUUCUAGGAGUACAAGGUGCUGCUGUAUUCGUUGGAUGGCCGCUUGCUGUCAACGUUCAGCGCGUAUGACUGGUCGCUGGGCAUCAAGGCUGUGUGCUGGAGCCCCAGCAGCCAGUUCCGGGCUGUCGGAAGCUACGAUGAAAAGUAA